AUGUCCUUCAGAAACAAAUCCUCGGGAAGGAUGCUCUUGCCCUUUGGGCUAGACUACUCAGAUAUCUUGUCCCAAGGUGAAACCACAGAAAGGCCCACAUUGGAACUCCCAGUACAUGGUCCGCUUUCGCAAUACGAAGAGAACGUUGCAAAACAGUCGCUAGCAUUCAUGAAACUCCUCUACGAUGGGCCCUUUUACACUGGCACGCCAAAACUAAAAGAAGCAGAGCUGGAGCCGAUCCAGCGAUACUCAGACAGAUUCAAGAAGCGCAAGAAGGUGUCGCGAUCCAUCGAUGAGUACCCCUACCAGCUAGAGUUCUUCCCUGAAGAGCUAUAUUCUGUGAUGGGCAUAUCAAAGCAGAAGAAGAAAUUGCUUUUGUCGUCAUAUAAAGAAGAUGGUGGGCUCAAGCAGUUCAACGUGACAGAAAAGGAGGAUUCGGCCGAGUCAAUGCUCGAAAGGCUCAAGAGCCUUGCAGAGGACUUGGAUGCUGCUCCAGCUGCAAAUCAGACAGAGCAAGAGGAGCCAGAGGAAGAGGAUUACGAUGACGAAUUCGAGGAAGAUGAUGAUGAUGACUACAAUGCCGAGAAGUACUUCGAUGGUGGAGACGACGAUCUAGGCGACGAUGGAGACGACGAAGCGGCUUUUUAA